ACAACCCGGGCGCCUGCCGCGCCCGUCCAGCUCGCCUGCCCGGCGGUCCCCGCGGCGGCGCGGCGGCGGCGGCGGCGGCGGCUGCGGCCGGGUGACAACAGCAGCGGCGCCAGGCUGGCUUGCUAGCGGAAGGGUCGCGCGGCCCGCACAAUAAACUCAGACCCGGCCAGAAUAACGCGCGACGCGAGGAAGGCCGAGACGGGCCGCGCGGGAGACCGCGGGCACGGAGUGACAGGCCGGCGUGAGGGAGCGCGCAGGUUGCAGCCGCCGGCGGCCCCGACCCGCCGGGCCCCUCGGACGUCGCAGGCAUGAGCCACAUCCAGAUCCCCGCGGGGCUCACGGAGCUGCUGCAGGGCUACACCGUGGAGGUGCUUCGGCAACAGCCGCCCGACCUGGUCGACUUCGCGGUGGAGUACUUCACACGCCUGCGCGAGGCCCGCCGCCAGGAAUCAGACACGUUCAUCGUCUCCCCGACGACCUUUCACACGCAGGAGUCCAGCGCUGUCCCCGUCGUCGAGGAGGACGGGGAGAGUGACUCGGACUCGGAAGAUGCCGAUCUGGAAGUUCCGGUUCCUAGCAAAUUUACUAGACGAGUAUCAGUCUGUGCAGAAACGUUUAACCCCGAUGAAGAAGAGGAGGAUAAUGAUCCAAGGGUGGUUCAUCCCAAAACUGAUGAGCAGAGGUGCCGGCUUCAGGAGGCUUGUAAGGACAUUCUUCUUUUCAAAAACCUCGAUCAGGAACAGCUUUCUCAAGUUCUGGAUGCCAUGUUUGAAAAGAUUGUCAAAACUGACGAGCAUGUCAUUGACCAAGGCGACGACGGGGACAACUUUUAUGUCAUAGAACGGGGAACCUAUGACAUUUUAGUAACGAAAGAUAAUCAAACACGUUCUGUCGGUCAGUAUGACAACCGUGGCAGUUUUGGAGAACUAGCUCUGAUGUACAAUACCCCGAGAGCUGCUACCAUCAUCGCCACCUCAGAAGGCUCCCUUUGGGGAUUGGACCGGGUGACUUUUAGAAGAAUCAUAGUGAAAAACAAUGCAAAGAAGAGGAAGAUGUUUGAAUCAUUUAUUGAGUCUGUUCCACUCUUUAAGUCACUAGAGAUGUCAGAACGAAUGAAGAUUGUGGAUGUGAUCGGGGAAAAGAUCUAUAAGGACGGAGAGCGAAUAAUCGCGCAGGGUGAAAAGGCCGACAGCUUCUAUAUCAUAGAGUCUGGGGAAGUGAGCAUCUUGAUUAGAAGCAAGACUAAGUCGAACAAGAAUGGAGGGAACCAGGAGGUCGAGAUUGCCCAUUGCCAUAAGGGGCAGUACUUCGGAGAACUUGCCCUGGUCACCAACAAACCCAGAGCUGCUUCCGCUUACGCGGUUGGAGAUGUCAAAUGCUUAGUUAUGGAUGUUCAAGCAUUUGAGAGGCUUCUGGGCCCCUGCAUGGACAUCAUGAAGAGGAACAUCUCACAUUACGAAGAACAGCUGGUGAAGAUGUUUGGCUCCAACUUGGAUCUGAUGGACCCCGGGCAGUAGAUGUGAUGAAUCUUGGAGCUUUCUCAGUGUGAUACCAAAACCUUCCAGUCAGCCACAAGAACACACACAGAAAACAGACACGACAGAACCGUUCCUGCUGCUGUCUCCGCCGCUGCCAUUGCUGUGGUUAAGGGCAUUUAGAAAUCUUGAAAGUCAGCACUGAAAGAUGGAUGGAGGCUCCACCCACACCCACCCUCCACUUUGCUUCUGAACGCCAUCUUAGACACUUAUGUCAUGAUUACUCCAACCCAGGUUUCACCUUUGGUUCAGAAUGGCAUGUCUCUCCAGCAAUUUAAGUGCCUGAUACAAAGUCCAAAGCGUAACACCCUCCUUUCCUCUCUUGCUGCUAACGUUGCUUCUGAAAGUUCUAAGGUCUGCAGAAACCUGUUGAGUAGCUGUAGACAACACCUCCAGUCCUUCUCAAGGGAGAAAUCGGUAGAGCCUUCCGUCUCGUUUGUCUUUUAGAAAGUCCAUAGUGUGUUCACAAUGCUGCUUUACUCUCACAGUGGAAGGUGGUAGCAGUUAUACUGGAGGUCUCUGCCCCAGAGGCUCUGUCCUAUUUGCUGGCAGCUACACACUUUACAGCUGUGUCUAAGCUCAGAAAGAGGCCCUUUUGAAGGCCCAGCAGGUCCGUAUGGACAGACUGAGCACUGAGACUCACGUUAGCAGGAAACUUGGAUUCAGCGCUCUUUCCAGUAGUAGCCAGGAAAGGUUAUCUGGGUUAGGGUUUUUGUUGUUUGUAUUUAGUAGGUUUUUGUUUUGUUUUGUUUUGUUUAACCUCUGUGCUGUUUACAUAAACAAAUUGCUAUUCUUUUCUAAGGAGCCAGGGGUGGCUGGUUAGCUCAGCUGGUCAGAGCAUGGUGCUGAUAUGAGGAGCCAGGGUCUGGAGGUGUUGUCACUUUAUCUGACCUGAGUACUUCCCUAGUGAGCCCUGCCUGUCCCUUUCCCUGGCUGAUAGCGGGAAGCCAUCAGGAGGCUGUGCUGCACAGAGAACUCCUUCCCUUCUAGCGUUACUGCAUAGCGUGCCUAGAAAUCAUCAGUUUUUAAACUCUUAACAAAGAAGCUAUUUUUUUUUAAGGAAAUUAUUUCUCUAUUUAGAGAAUUCACCUUGGAUGUAUUCAUAUACAUGGAGUUUGUCCACUGACUCAGGCAUUUGUCCUAAAUAUCCGUUUUCAAAACUAGGUAUCGUUGGGGUAGGGGCUGGGUGCAGCUCAGUGACGAAGCACACGGAGCACGUGCAAGGCUCUGGGUUUGGUCUCCAGCACUGUAACAGCCACAGGAAGACAGGUUAUCAUGCAGAAACGUGGAAUUACUGUGAAAGCCUUUCUAAGUAACAGUCUCGACUUUUGCCAUGGUCACCAUAGCCAAGAAAUGUCCAAAGUAGGUGAGUUGCCACAAUUUUGGUAAUUAGUCACUUUUUCUUGUGUUCCAUGAGGUAAAAGCAGGACUCUCCAGGCUGCUCUGAGUAGCCUACGUUACAGAUCUGGGAAUUGUACAGUCGUAACUACUACUAUGAAGCAGGCAGCUAGCACUGGAAAACCCUCAAAGUGAUCCCAAAUUUUCCUAAGGUCCUUUUCUAUGGUGUUGCUUUAUUAAAUAAAUCAGGCCUUGUACUUUGACAGAAUAACACCUGAUUUCUUGCAAAGGUAAGAGGUGCAUUGGGCUCCAGGAGGAGCCCAGAAAUCCAACCCAGACCUUAUAAAGACUCUGAACCCUCCCCCACCCUCCAUGCCAGCGCUGGAUAGGGCUGGCUGUGACUCUCCUGCCAGAGUUAUUCCUAUAGGCUGCUAGGGUAGGCCUUCGCCUGCCCUCGCCCUUCCCGGGCUAGGCUUCAGAGUCCUCCUUGUCACCCUCCUGCCUCACUGACGGCUGUUCUUUUUCAGAGAAGGCAUCAAGUCCAAGUUCUGCUGUAGCCACUGAGUCUUCACUGCAGUGUGGCCCUGUGUCAGGGCACGUGUGACGGUGGCAUGGGAAGAGGUACACGGAGUCUGCAGGAGCUUGGGUGGUGGUGAAAGAUGGCUGUCACCACAGUGCCAGGCCCUGACAGUAUUCCAGGUCUCUCUGCAGAGAAUCAGAGGUGACAGACCAGGUUUUUCUCAAGGUUGCAGGGUUCCCAUUGUGGCAGGCAACUCCCACAGCAGGUGGCUGGGCCCCUAGGAGGAGUAUCAGAAAGAUUCCUUAGGUAGCUCCUCUCUUCUGAGGGUGUAGCUUUCCCUCCCUCCCCCCUGACUUUGCUAUUGAUUUGGAAUGACAGAGAAUGUUCCUCAGAGCCGUGAGGUCCAGCUGCAGUACUUCUCUUCCUUUCUGCCCCAGCUUAGCCCACUCACUGUCUUCUCUUGGUUGAAUUCUCUGUAGGACAGGCUCUUUUGUUCUCAUCCUCUGGGCUCAUAGUCUUCUUAAAGAAUUAUAUGUUCCUGGUAUAGAGUCUCAGAAAUCAGCAUUGAGCUUUUCUUUGAGCAGUUUAGUAAGCAAAUUCAGUAGCAAAGUGGCAAAAAAAAAAAAAAAAAANAAAGAAAGAAAGAAGGAAGAAAGAAAGAGAGAAAGAGAAAGCCCAGCACUCCAGCCGGAGGGGCCUCAUGCACCCUGACUGCCCAGAUUCUCUGUUUGUGGUGGCGGAGCCUCUAUGUGCUGCUGCUGGUGUCCCAGCGCCCUGUGCACACAGCAUUUUAUGGCGUGUCACAGUCUUCAUUUUAAAAAGAUGAAAGCAUUUUGCACAGAGAAAGAAAAGACCCAUGAAUGUCAUCUUUUAUCUUUCUCAAAUCAGUUGAUAUUGGAAUUUUUGUUUUUGAUAAUGCACUUGUAAGCCAGUCUCCCCACAAUCUGGGUAGUUUUUAUCUCUCACUACAGUUACCUCUUGUCUCUCCUGUCUUGACUGCUGACGUUCUCCGUGAUUCUGAUGUCUGUGCUAUGGGGAGCAGCCUUCCCGUGGGAUUCCUAGUACACUCUGCAGGGCUAUCUUUAUUAAAAAAAAAAAAAAUUAAAAAAAAAAAAGUGAAAAUUGUCGCUCACCUCAUGGGGGAUUUGCAGAAAAACAUUUAGCCCACCUUGAACAAAGAUUAGAUUCCUUGUUUUUUUUUGUUGCUUUGUUUUUAACUCAUUGUAAUAAUUAAAAAAAAAAAACCCAAUUAAAAAUUAUUGUGCUACCUCAGAGGUAAAAAGAUUCUAAGGUCCUGAGUUACACACAUGGUGUUUGAAAUGUCUCUCAAUUGGAGUUAUGUUUUAAAUCAUUGGGGUAAAUCUUGAUUUAACCUGUUUUACACUUGUAUUUUAAUCUCAAAAGGAUAUAUGAUUGGCAAGCACACAAUUCUUGAUCUGUAGUCUUGAACACAGAAUCAAAGCCACUAGCAAGUAAUUAAUCAUAGUUUGCUGUAAACAAGGUUGGGUUGGGGGUUUUGUUUGUUUUUUAAAGGAAACUCUAGGGCCCGGCUUCACUCUUGACUAAUAAAGGCUGACAAAUCAUGUCUGA